AUGCCCAGCACCUCAGUUGGGAAGUUAAUCCAGAAAGCCAUGCCCACGUCAGAACCAAGCCCCAGUGGUCCGGCAGCUACAGAGCCGGCCAAAUUGAGUUUGAAGGACCAAAUCAAGGCUUCGAUUGCGAAGGAGAAGGCUGAAGGACCCAAGAAGUCAACUCUCCAACCUGCCGUUCCUCGUGCUUCAGCAUUUAAGCAGCCGCUGAAGCAAAGCACUGUUCAGGUUCAAGGCUCGAAGGAGUCACCAGUUCCUCGUCACGAUCCCAAGGCUACAGGGGCACUGGUUUUCAAGCGUCCCAGAAGUGUACCGAAUGGUCGGCAAUUGGUCGAUGUCGUCCUAGAUCCAGCCAUUGGGAAACUCCUGCGACCUCACCAGAGAGAGGGUGUCAAAUUUCUGUACGAAUGCGUCAUGGGUCUCCGUGAUUUCAAUGGUCAAGGUUGCAUCCUCGCAGAUGACAUGGGAUUGGGUAAAACACUGACUACAAUUGCCUUGCUCUGGACCUUACUUCGACAAAAUCCGAUCCAUAAAAAGUCACCCGUUGUUAAGAAAGCUUUGAUUGUCUGUCCAGUAUCGCUGAUACGAAAUUGGAAGCGAGAAUUCAAGAAAUGGCUUGGACUUGAUAGAUUGGGAGUCCUGGAGUUUGAGGACCAGAAUACCAGUCUCGACUAUUUUGACGGCAAAGUCUAUCAGGUGAUGAUUAUAGGCUACGAGAGAUUGCGGACCGUGGCAGAUGAGCUCGCUUCGGGCCCUCCCAUCGAUAUCGUCAUCUGCGAUGAAGGACAUCGACUUAAAACGAUGAAGAAUAAAAGUUCUCAGGCAAUCGAAUCACUUAAUACUCCAAGACGCAUCAUCCUGUCAGGAACCCCUAUACAGAACGAUUUAGGUGAAUUCUAUGCAAUGGUGAACUUCGUGAAUGACGGAUGUCUGGGGUCCCAGAAAGGUUUCAUCAAAGACUUUGAGAAUCCGAUCAUGAGAAGUCGACAACCAAAUGCGACAGAGGAUGAUAAGGAACAAGGUCAGGAAGCUAGCAACGAAUUAGCACGGACCACAUCUCAAUUUAUCCUGCGACGAACAGCUGACAUUCUCGCGGAUUUCCUACCUCCCAAGACAGAGUUCGUCCUUUUCUGUAAGCCCACACCUGCACAGGCAAAGAUUUACAAAAGUGUGCUCCGGUCAGGCAUGUUCGAAACUGCCCUUCGCAGCAACGAAACCGCCUUCCAGCUAAUCACAAUCUUGAAAAAGUUGUGUAAUAGUCCCGCACUCAUGGACCCAAAAUACGGCAAUGAUGAUGCGACACCAUCGGCAUCACUGACGAACCUGAACGAAAUGCUUCCUGCAGGCAUCUCAAAGUACUACCAUAAUUCUGUCUCCUCCAAGAUUCGACUGUUGGACAACCUCCUGCAGGAAAUCCAUCGUGAGACCGAUGAGAAAGUGGUGGUUGUGUCCAACUACACAUCGACCCUGAACCUGAUUGAACAGCUACUGAGCAGUACCGGCCUUACUUAUCUUCGUCUCGAUGGCUCAGUUGCAGCCAAGAAACGACAGGGUCUCGUGGACCAAUUUAACCGUAACAAAUCUUCACAAUCCUUUGCAUUUCUGCUAAGUGCAAAGGCUGGUGGAGUAGGGCUUAAUUUGAUCGGAGCUAGUCGAUUGGUGCUGUUCGACGUUGACUGGAAUCCUGCCACCGAUGACCAGGCAAUCGCUCGUAUCCAUCGCCAGGGCCAGCAGAAACAUUGUAAGAUCUACAGAUUUCUUAUCAAGGGCGGUCUGGAGGAGAAAAUCUGGCAAAGACAGGCGGUGAAAAGAGCAUUGGCGGACAGCAUAAUGCAAGCAGGUACGGCCGCUUCGUCUGGUGUUAAUGAAGUUAGUGGGAAGGGGAAGAGUAGUGGUACGUCGACUUUCAGUCAAGAAGAACUGAGAGAUUUGUUUCGCCUGGAUGAAACGGAUGGACUGCGCACUCACGACCUGAUCGCCUGCGAAUGUGAAGGCACAGGAGCCAGCUGCAACGCAGAGGAUGAACACGAGAAAGAAAUACAGGAGAUGAUGGAAUCAUUCGACGAUGACGACCUCCCCGAACUUUCCGACCUUCCGUCGAUGAAGAAACGCCGCGGCAGCAAGUCCAAAGAAGCGAAGAAACUUGUCAAGGCGGGGCUGGAGGCUGAACGGCACGAAUUGAUGAAAUAUGCGCAUCUGGAUACAUCUGUGCUGUGGGGGAAAGAUGCGAAUCCCGAAGCUGCACAGAGUCUUUUGUCUAAGGUCGACGACCAGUGUCUUGAGAAGGUGCUGAGUGUCGAUCAGAAAACUAUUGGAGGGGGUGGUGUUGCGUUCGUGUUCAAGAAGACUACUGGGAGUCAGCUUGUCGGCCCUGAUAUUGGAGGUGUCUGA